AAAAAAAAAAAGAUCAGCUCAGUUUUCGGAUCUUGGCCUUUCCCUCUCGCAUUGUAUUUUCUUUGUAAUUCUUAUGCAAUUAGAUCAAUGGCAAUGGUGGUGUAGUGUAGGCUUAGUGAGUUAAUCCGACUCCAUUUCUCACUCGGAUAAUUAACACAGCUCAAAAGGGAGAUCAAAUGAUACGUAGAAGCAUUUCACUAACCGUUUCCUAAAUCUUCUGAGUUGGUGAUUGACGAGUUAUAUUCGACUCGGGAAUGUCUUCUGCGGAAGCCGAUUCCCGCGUUAGCCAAUUGGUAGUCCCUGCCUUAGAGAAGAUCAUCAAGGGCGCUUCGUGGCGGAAGCACUCGAAACUCUCUCACCAAUGCAAAUCUCUUCUCAAGGAACUCACUUCUCCGGUGAAGACGCCGUUAUCGCCGACGGAUUCAGAGCCGGAAAACUCGAUCCCUGGCCCUAUCAACGACGGAGGCCAAGUGGAGUAUUCCCUCGCUGAAUCGGAAUCCAUUCUCAGCCCUCUGAUCAACGCUUGUGCCACCUCCUUCAACAAGAUUGUCGAUCCCGCCAUUGAUUGCAUUCAGAAGUUAAUUGCACACGGGUACCUGCGUGGCGAAGCGGACCCCACUGGAGGGCCCGAGCCUCAGCUGUUAGCCAAAUUGAUUGAUUCGGUAUGUCAAUGCCACAUUUUAGGUGAUGAAGCCAUUGAAUUACUGGUAUUGAAAACGCUUCUAACUGCGGUAACUUCCUUCUCACUGCGAAUUCACGGAGACUGUUUGUUGCGAACUGUGAGAACAUCUUAUGAUAUUUACUUGGAGACAAAAAAUACCGUUAAUCAAACGACUGCGAAAGCUACAUUGAUUCAAAUGUUAGUUGUUGUCUUUAGAAGAAUGGAGGAGGAUUCUUCAACAGUUCCAGUUCAGCCAAUUGUAGUGGCUGAAUUGAUGGGACCGGUUGAGAAAUCAAAUGUUGAUGGAUCAACGACUAACUUUGUUCAAGGGUUUAUAACUAAAAUUGUGCAGAACAUUGAUGGAGUGUUCAAUCCAGUGACACCAAGUAAGGUUUCUUUAGGUGUCCAUGAUGGCGCAUUUGACACUACUACCGUUGAAACCACGAAUCCUGCCGAUUUGCUGGAUUCUACUGAUAAGGAUAUGCUGGAUGCAAAAUAUUGGGAGAUUAGCAUGUAUAAGACGGCAUUAGAAGGGAGGAAAGGGGAGUUGGCAGAUGAUGAAACAGAGAAAGAUGAUGAUUUGGAGGUACAGAUAGGGAAUAAGUUAAGACGGGAUGCAUUUUUGGUCUUUAGAGCACUUUGCAAGUUGUCGAUGAAGACACCACCUAAAGAGGCUUUGGCCGAUCCCCAGUUGCUGAGAGGGAAGAUUUUGGCACUGGAGUUGUUGAAGAUUUUUCUGGAAAAUGCUGGGGCUUCUUUUAGAACAAGUGAAAGGUUUUUAGGUGCCAUAAAGCAGUACUUGUGUCUGUCACUGUUAAAGAAUAGUGCUUCAACUCUUAUGGUUGUUUUCCAGCUUUCUUGCUCCAUCUUCAUUAGUCUGGUGUCGAGGUUUCGAGCUGGCCUGAAAGCCGAGAUUGGAGUAUUUUUUCCUAUGAUUGUUCUGAGGGUCUUGGAAAAUAUUGCUCAGCCUAAUUUUAAGCAAAAGAUGAUAGUUCUACAUUUCCUGGACAAACUUUGUGUUGAUUCACAAAUCUUAGUAGAUAUAUUUAUUAACUAUGACUGUGAUGUCAAUUCAUCAAACAUUUUUGAGAGAAUGGUCAAUGGACUUCUGAAAACAGCUCAAGGUGUUCCUCCUGGUACAGCGACAACAUUAUUGCCUCUACAGCAAGAAACCAUGAAACUUGAAGCUAUAAAAUGUUUAGUGGCUACUUUAAAAUCAAUGGGAGACUGGAUGAACAGUCAGUUGCGCAUUCCAGAUUCUGAUUCUCCCAAGAGAUUUGAAGUAGCUGAGAACAGUCUUGAAUCUGGAACUGUCCCCAUGGAGAAUGGGAAUGUGGAUGAGCCCGUUGAAGGGUCAGGUUCUCAUUCUGAAGCCCUAAAUGAAGCUUCUGGCAUCUUAACAAUCGAGCAACGUCGAGCUUACAAGAUAGAACUUCUGGAAGGUAUAUCUCUUUUUAAUCGGAAGCCUGAAAACGGAAUUGAAUUUCUUAUCAAAGCAAAAAAGGUUGGUGACUCACCGGAGGAGAUAGCUGCUUUUCUUAAAAAUACAUCUGGUCUGAAGAAAACCUUGAUUGGUGAUUAUCUUGGAGAAAGGGAAGAUUUACCUUUGAAAGUGAUGCAUGCCUAUGUUGACUCCUUUGACUUUCAAGGCAUGGAGUUCGAUGAGGCAAUCCGAGCCUUUUUGCAAGGUUUCAGAUUACCUGGUGAGGCACAAAAGAUUGACCGAAUCAUGGAAAAGUUCGCCGAGCGCUAUUGCAAAUGUAACUCAAAGGCUUUCAUCAGUGCUGAUACAGCAUAUGUCCUCGCUUACUCUGUCAUAAUGCUCAAUACUGAUGCUCAUAACCCUAUGGUUAAAAACAAGAUGUCAGCUGAAGAUUUCAUAACAAACAAUCGUGGCAUAGAUGAUGGGAAAGAUUUGCCAGAAGAGUACUUAAGAUCAUUAUUUGAAAGGAUAUCAAGAAAUGAGAUCAAAAUGAAAGACGAUGAUUGGUCUGUGCAACAGAAACAAUCAGUGAACUCCAACAGAAUUUUAGGCCUAGACAGUAUCUUGAAUCUUGUUAUACGCAAGCACGACGAAGACCAGCAUAUGGAGACCAGUGAUGAUCUUAUCAGGCACAUGCAAGAACAAUUUAAAGAGAAAGCUCGCAAAUCCGAGUCAGUUUAUUAUGCAGCCACAGAUGUGGUGAUUCUGAGAUUCAUGGUCGAGGUAUGCUGGGCUCCUAUGUUGGCUGCGUUCAGUGUGCCACUUGACCGAAGCGAUGAUGAAGUAGUGACGUCUUUAUGUAUUGAAGGCUUCCGCCGUGCAAUACACGUCACUGCUGUUAUGUCCAUGAAGACUCAUAGAGAUGCAUUUGUGACUUCAUUAGCUAAGUUUACAUCACUUCACUCUCCUGCAGAUAUAAAGCAGAAAAAUAUAGACGCAAUCAAGGCAAUAGUUACAAUUGCAGAUGAAGAUGGAGAUUAUUUACAGGAAGCUUGGGAGCAUGUUUUGAUGUGCGUGUCAAGGUUUGAGCAUUUGCAUCUCUUGGGAGAGGGUGCUCCUCCAGAUGCUACUUUCUUUUCCUUUUCUCAGAAUGAAUCAGAAAAAUCUAAGCAAGCAAAGUCGCCCGUCCUUCCCGUUUUAAAGAAGAAGGGUUCGGGAAGAAUUCAGUAUGCCGCUUCUGCUGUGAUGAGGGGCUCAUAUGAUAGUGCUGGUAUUGGAGGUACCAUUGGGACAAUCACAUCUGAACAGAUGAACAAUUUAGUCUCUAACCUCAACAUGUUAGAACAAGUUGGAAGCGCUGAAAUGAACCGUAUAUUCACACGCAGCCAAAACUUGAAUAGCGAGGCAAUCAUAGACUUUGUUAGGGCUCUCUGCAAGGUUUCCAUGGAGGAGUUGCGAUCUACAUCUGACCCUCGGGUUUUUAGCCUUACGAAAAUUGUCGAGAUUGCGCACUAUAACAUGAACCGGAUCCGACUGGUAUGGUCAAACAUCUGGCUUGUCCUCUCUGAUUUCUUCGUGACCAUUGGCUGUUCAGAGAACCUGUCAAUUGCAAUUUUUGCCAUGGACUCUUUACGACAGCUAUCAAUGAAAUUUUUGGAGCGAGAAGAGUUGGCCAAUUAUAAUUUCCAGAAUGAAUUCAUGAAGCCUUUUGUUAUUGCCAUGCAGAAGACUAGCGCUGUCGAAAUCCGAGAAUUAAUCAUCAGAUGUGUCUCUCAGAUGGUGUCAUCUCGAGUCCAUCAUGUUAAAUCAGGGUGGAAGAGCAUGUUCAUGGUUCUCACUACUGCAGCUUAUGACAGCCACAAGAACAUUAUCCUGCUAGCCUUUGAAAUAACAGAAAAGAUAAUUCGAGACAACUUCCCAUACAUAACCGAAACCGAAACAACCACCUUCACAGAUUGUGUGAAUUGCCUAAUUGCAUUCACCAACAAUAGAUUCAGCAAAGACAUUAGUCUCAAUGCAAUUUCUUUUCUGCGAUUCUGUGCCUCGAAACUCGCCGAAGGAGAUCUCGGCUCCUCAUCUAUGAAUAAGGAUAAGGAGUCAGGGGAUACUUCUCAAUCCUCACCUCACAAGGGAAGUAAUGGAAGGCAAGAAAAUGGAGAGAUGAUGGACAAGGAUGAUCAUCUCUAUUUUUGGUUACCUUUGUUGGCCGGUUUAUCGAAACUUGGCUUUGAUCCUAGAACUGAGAUUAGGGAGAGUGCUUUACAAGUGCUGUUCGAAACUUUGCGCAACCAUUGUCACCUGUUCUCACUACCUUUAUGGGAAAAAGUGUUCGAAUCUGUCCUUUUUCCAAUAUUCGAAUACGUGUGCCAUGCUAUUAAUCCAUCAGGUGAUGACCUAACUGAGCAGGGAAUCGAUAGGGACAUGACCGAGAUCGAUCAAGAUGGAUGGCUCUACGAGUCUUGUACGCUGGCCCUUCAAUUACUUGUUGAUCUUUUCGCGAAUUUUUAUCAUACCGUCAACCCACUUUUAAGGAAGGUUCUUUCUAUACUCUUAAGUUUCGUCAAGCGUCCUCACCAAAGCCUAGCUGGUAUCGGAAUUGCAGCGUUUGUACGUUUAACGAGCAAUGCCGGUGAUCAUUUCAUUGAGGAGCAGUGGCUUGAAGUUGUUUCCUCAUUAAAAGAAGCAGUUACCGCAACACUUCCUGAUUUCUCUUACUUUGUUAGCGGGGAUGUCAUACUUGAAGGCAAUGAACAUGCACCCAAUGAGCAAAGUAAAGGGGCAUCACAUGGUUCCGGCUCGUCUCGUGAUGAUACAGAGAGCCCGAGAAUGCGACAUCUUCGUGCUUCUUUGUCCGAAGUGAAGUGUCGAGCUGCUGUUCAGCUUUUAUUGGUUCAAGCAGCAAUGGAAAUUUAUAACAUGUAUCGAACUCGCCUCUCGGCUAAGAUCAUCUUAGUCCUCUUUGAUGCAAUGCAUGAUGCGGCAUCCAAUGCUCACGAGAUCAACAACGAUGCUACAUUGCGUACCAAAAUACUAGAGUUUGGUCGCAUGACACAAAUGCAGGAUCCUCCGCUAUUGCGUCUCGAGAACGAGUCGUAUCAAUUUUGCCUCACGUUCUUGCAUAAUCUGAUAUCGGAUAGGCCUCCGAGUUUCGACGAGGCUGAAGUAGAGUCACAUCUUGUCGAUCUAUGCCAGGAGGUGUUACUGUUUUAUAUCGAAACAGGAAGCUCCGAACAGAGUCCCGAGAUGUAUCCCGAUGGCCGAACCCAGUGGUUGGUUCCUUUAGGUUCCGGGAAACGUAAAGAACUCGCCGCACGUGCACCUCUCGUCGUGACGACUCUGCGGACCAUGUGUAGCUUGGGGGACGCAUUUUUCGAGAAGAACAUAGCCAAGUUCUUCCCUCUUCUUUCGGGCUUGGUAAGUUGUGAGCAUGGCUCAAAUGAAGUUCAGCUAGCUGUUAGUGAUAUGCUCAACUCCUCAGUUGGUCCGCUUUUGCUUCAAGCGUGUUGA